AUGAAGUUUGGUGUUGACGUUGAGAGAUGCGAGUGGUCAGAAGCCCGUCAUCGCUGGAGAAUGACCAUUCGGCGGUACAGCGAUGACAGCAUCUUCACCCAUGAGUGCCAAUUCCUGUUCACGGCCACAGGGCAGCUCAUGCAGCCGAACCCAAUCGAUGUCCCCGGAGCCGAGAACUUCAAAGGUGCCAUCUUUCAUUCCUCUCGGUGGGAUACGAGUGUGGACAUUGAGGGCAAGAAGGUGAUCGUGUUCGGCAAUGGCUGCACUGCAACACAGCUGAUACCAGCGAUCGUGGAUAAGGUGAAGCACCUCACGCAGGUGAUCCGAACGAAGCACUGGAUCAUGGAAUCAGUCGACUCUGCCAACACGACGUUCAUGAAGAAGGUGUUCGGCAGCGUUCCCGGUACCAUGACGAUCCAGCGGCUUCUCAUGUUUGCCUGGGCAGAAGACUCUUUUCGUGGGUUUUACAUGACUGAUGCCGGGACGCGCUACCGCAAAAGAGUGCAGGCGCGGGUUGAGAAGUACAUGAGAGCAACAGCACCGGAGAAAUACCACGACAAGAUCAUUCCCGACUUUGAGCUUGGCUGCAAAAGACGCGUUUUUGACUCAGGAUACCUCGAGAGCUUGCACUCGGAGAAUAUGACUCUGAUGGAUGAUCCGGUCCUUGAGAUCGUACCAGAAGGAAUCAGGACCAAGGACGGCAUGAUUGAAGCAGAUGUAAUAGUCAUGUGCAACGGCUUUGUAACGAACAAUGCGGUUGGAGGGUUGAAGGUGGUUGGGCGAGGCGGCGAGACGAUCGAUCAACACUGGGAGACCUUUGGCGGCGCAGAAGCGUACAACUGCACCAUUCUAAACAACUUUCCCAACCUUUUUGUGCUACUAGGCCCUAAUUCCCUCACUGGGCACACUUCUGCAAUCAUCGCCGCUGAGAAUUCCAUCAACUUUUCAUUGCGUAUCAUCAAGCCAUUGCUAGAUGGCAAAGGCACCAUUGUAGAAGUCAAGAGGAAUGCAGAAGAAGAAUAUGUCGAGCAGAUGCAAAGAGACAUGCAAGAUAGAGUGUGGUACACCGGGUGCAAUAGCUGGUACCUGAGAGGCUCGAAGGAGGGGAAGAAGUGGAAUGGGUCAACAUACCCUUACUCACAAGUCUACUUCUUGUAUCGUUGCUUGUUCCCUAAGUUUGGCGACUUGCAAAUAAGUCUUGUGCUCAUCAUCGCUGGAAGCCGCGGCAAGGCAUCGAUCCUACGGAACACUGGCGAACAAUCGUCUCCAGAAGAAGUAGGUGGCGUGCUCAGCAGAACCUUCUUCUGGUGGAUCAACCCGAUCCUCGCCCGCGGAAACAAGUUCGUCCUCUCCGGAGACAGUCUUCCUUCGUUGCAUACCGAGCUUUCAUCGGAGGUGCUUAGACGUCGGGCCCUGAGAUGUUGGGAUCAGCGAGUUUACAUCGGCCUGGCUGUUUCCAGCGCUCUUUACUUCAAUCGCUUGAACCGACUUCAGGUCAUGAUCAGAGGAGCGUUGGUUGGUCUCAUCAACAACAAGUCAUUGACCCAGCAAUCAGUAGGCUACGAUGAUGCCAAGGCCAUCACGUUGAUGAGUACCGACGCAGAAAAUGUCGGGCAAAGCGCACGACAGUUCCACGAAACUUGGGCGCAGAUUAUUGAGGUUUUCAUAGGUACAGUGAUGUUGGCCCGACAGGUUGGCUGGGCUUGUAUGGUACCCUUUGUCAUGAUCUUCUUCCGAUGGAUGAUGGUGGCUUACAACGCUAGCGCCAAUGCUUUGGGUCUUUUCGCUCCCAUAAUUACCCUCAUGGUCUUCGUCAUUGUUGCUAGUAUCAACAAGAAGGGCCAGUACCUUGAUACUGAAACCGCCUUUACCACAACAGCCCUUCUUGGAUUGGUGACGCACCCGGCAAACAUGAUCAUGACGAUUAUUCCACAGGCUGUGGGGUCGCUCGCUGGCUUCCAGAGGAUACAAGACUAUCUACUGCAGCCUCCUCGAAGUGACAGCAAAGUCUUGUUGAUUGAGUCUGACGACGCAACGACCGAAGUUGCGCCAGCAAUUGUUAUCGAGCGCGUGGUUAUUCAACAAAAUGCCUCAAAGCCUCCGAUUGUCAGCAACGUCGACGUCAACAUUACCCGUGGCUCAUUAGUUAUGUGCUCCGGUCCUGUGGGAUGCGGGAAGUCGGCGCUGGCCAAGGCUCUGAUAGGCGAGCUCCCAAUCAGCAGCGGAACAAUCUCAUUGUCUUCCAAGCGCAUUGGAUACUGUGCACAGUCACCUUGGCUGCCAGGAGGCACAUUGAAGGAGGCCAUUUGUGGGUUUCUGCCGGAGGACCAAAGCUGGUACGAAGAGGUGAUCCAACUCUGCUGCUUGAAGGAAGACCUCGAAGCCCUCUCUACUGGAGACCAAACAAUGAUCGGAAGUCGCGGUUUGAAUUUAUCUGGGGGACAAAGACAACGCGUGGCUCUUGCGCGUGCACUGUACGCGCGUUGCGACAUCAUGCUUCUGGAUGACAGCUUCAGCGCGCUGGACGGUAAGACGGAACGUCAAAUCGUUGACAACCUCAUCGGUUCGGAAGGAUACUUCAAAAAGGCAGGGGUUACCUCCUUUAUCAUUACAAACUCGAGUAAGUCGAGCUCACCGUGGAAAGCUCUGAGGAUCUUCUGA